UGUUCUUUAGUAGAAAUUCAGAGGCAAAAGCACAAUUAAUUUAUGAACUAAUAUACUUCCUUUGAGUAACACGACUUCCGGAUGGCUCUAUCUCCUGUAACAAGUAACGGUGUGACUGGACGGAAUGACCAUAACAAUCGACCAAGAAAAUUGAGUUUGCAAGUGGUAUUUCCUCGGCCUUCACUUUCAGGUUAUGCUGCUGCAAUCGAGAAUGCACGAGAGGCUCAGAUGGCAGGUGUACGACGCCGCAAGCUAAGCAGGGUGACUCACAAACUAUCUACAACAAUCGGUUGGCGCGCGGUAGUCUCACAGGAUGAAGUUAUAAGUCAGGCCCAGAGUCUUUGUAGCCGCUACCUCCGCUUGAAAUUGCGUUCGUGCAUUGCAGUGCACAAGAAACUUGGACUCCAACGCUUGAGAAGCCUCAGUAAGAUCUCCAACGACCCUAUUCUAACAGAGGUGGGAGAGCAACUGCUCCACAUGGCAGGACUUCUCGAGCGACAGAACCCUCGCCUUUUUCACAGUGUUGUGGACGGCGUAGGAAUACAGUCAAUAACCUCAGAAUCAGCAAUGCUAAAUCUAUUCCGGGCUGUAGCUGAUGAAGUCUUGCGACAAGACAUUUCUUGGGGACGAAUCAUUGCUCUAUAUUGCGUUGCUGGAGGACUAGCUCUUGACUGUGUCCGGCUUGGACAUCCUGAAUAUGUGUUGAAUCUGGUGCAAGGUAUGGGUUCUGUAGUAGAAGGUGACGUAGCGACCUGGAUUGUUCAGCAGGGUGGUUGGGUGUCUGUUUAAUCGUGAAGCUCAGUAGUGCCCACAGAAGGGGUUAGUGAGAAGUGGUUCCUUGUGGGAAUUUUGUG